AACUUUAUUUAAUAAAUGACUGCAAAUGGAUGUCUACUAUUGAUCUGUGGCYUACCGGCCAUCGGUAAGUCUCGACUGGCCAAUAGUCUGGUCCACCGAUCGAUUACUAUCGGGUCAAACGUGUAUYACUCGCCCGACAACAACAACAACUUCUUYACGUUUAAGAUAUCAGUGGACGACUUGAUGUCAGUUAAGGAUCAGUCCUUUCAUAUACAUCUGAACGGCAUUUGGCGGCAAUUCAGACGUMAUAUAGUGAUUGCAACCAAACUUUUUGUCCGUAAAUUGACACAAAAUGAUCAACUCUUGACCCAUGAAGACACUGAAGAUGUUAUGACACUGUUAGACAUCAUUUACGAGUGCAACCAAACUGUUAUCAAUCAAUGGCGAAGACAAACAACUUCAGCGGACAAUAAAAAAUUUGUUAUUAUUAUUGACGACAAUCUUUACUACAAGAGUAUGCGUUACGAGUGGUACCAGACAUGCAAAGAGCUAUCAUUGGGUUUCGCUAUAAUUAUGAUCAACACUUCACUGGAAUUGUCACUCAAUAGUAACCGACUUAGAGAUGAAGACAAACGAUUGCCCGACGAUGUUAUCGUACGAAUGUCUGAACGCUUUGAAUGUCCGCAACCGUCGGCCGAACCGUUCGAACAGAAAACUUAUUUUCUUAGAGCUGACACAACUAUUGAUCACAAAAUCGACGACUCAUUGAUUGAAUUCAUUACCGAUGCGAUCGGCGAACCAGUUGUMGAUCAGACUAUUCGAUUGCCAAUAGAGGAACAGUUGAGACAAAGGCUUAAUACAGAGUCAAGAAUAAUGUUAUUCACAAAAUUGAUUGUCUUCUGCGACAACUCGUCGGAGAAUUGGUGAACAAAUCAUCGGAUAAGAAGAGUUGUGCAAAAGUGUUGAACUCAUCGAAGAAGUGUUUGUUACACGACUUAAAACAAUCGCCGAGUUUUUUAUCACAAACUAUUGCCAAACAAUUGGUCUCUGAUUGUGAUGAUUGCAGUGUCAAUGGUCUGCACUUUAGUGAUGAUAUCAGACAGUGUUUUACUAAACUUUUAUUAGAUAUCUAUUGACAGUAUUGUACAGAAAACUARUAAAUACAUAGAUAUAAUCAAAUUUAUAUUUUAAUUAUSAAUAAWUUUUUAAC